GGCAUGGGCGGUAUGGGCGGCAUGGGCGGCAUGGGAGGCAUGGGAGGUAUGGGCGGCAUGGGGAUGGGCGGCAUGGGCGGCAACCCCCUCGGCAUGCUCAUCGGCAGCAGCAUGGGUGGAGUGAGUUACUGUCUAGACAGACUGACACCAGCGCCCGAGCCACUACCAGGGCGGAUAUUCCGGCGGGUGCUACACCCACUCGAUGGGCCCCCCGCCGUUCGGGAUGUACAGCCCAAUGAUGGGCGGAAUGGGCGGAAUGGGAGGCAUGGGAGGCAUGGGCAUGGGCGGCAUGGGCAUGGGCGGAAUGGGUGGCAUGGGCCAUAUGGGCAUGGGUGGUAUGGGUGGCAUGGGCGGCAUGAGUGGCGGUUACGGCCGCAUGGGCGGUAUGGGAGGCAUGGGCGGCGGCUCAUCCCUCGGCAUGCUCGCGCCGCUGCUCAUGGGCGGCCUGGCCGGCGGCAUGAUGGGCGGCAUGAUGUCGGACGACUACGAAGGCGGUGGUGGCAUGUUUGAGGGUGGCGGCGGCUCGGGCUCUGAUGGCGGGUAUGAUAGCGACUAGGCUGGCCGAUAUACAUGAUGUAUGACUGCAGAAGUGGGA